AUGGAGAAAAACCAGGAAAUUGCACUGACUGAGAUGAGGAAAUCAGUUCAAAAGCUCGGGACUUCCACAGAGAAAUAUGGAGACCCGACACUCAUGAGGUUCUUGAUUGCGAGAUCAAUGGACCCGGACAAAGCAGCAAAAAUGUUUGUUCAGUGGCAUAAAUGGAGGGCCUCAUUUGUUCCAAAUGGGUUCAUUUCUGAUUCCGAAGUAAGUGAUGCAUUGGAAGACAGAAAGAUUUUUUUGCAGGGUUUGUCUAAGGAUGGAUACCCAUUGAUGAUUGUGAAAGCAAGCAAGCAUUUUCCUUCUAAGGAUCAUCUCCAAUUCAAGAAAUUUGUGGUUCAUCUGCUUGACAAAACAAUUGCAAGCUCUUUCAGAGGACGAGAAAUUGGAAAUGAAAAGUUGAUCGGCAUUCUUGAUUUGCAACAAAUUUCAUACAAAAAUGUUGAUGCACGUGGAUUAAUCACUGGAUUUCAAUUUCUACAGUCUUACUACCCUGAGCGGUUAGCAAAGUGCUUCAUCUUAAACAUGCCCUGGUUCUUUGUAAGUGUCUGGAGGAUGGUUUCUCGCUUCCUUGAGAAGGCAACAGCAGAAAAGAUUGUAAUUGUGAGCAAUGAGGAUGAAACAAAAAACUUCAUAAAGGAAGUUGGUGAAGAAACCUUGCCAGAAGAGUAUGGUGGACGAGCAAAGCUUGUACCUCUCCAAGAUGUUGUACUGGCACCAAUGGAGGAUUGA